CGGUCCUCGGGCACGCUGAGAGGGGUCCGUCGGUCAUGACGUCACUGGUGAUUUGGAAGAUGUUAGCCGAAACUUAAUAAGCACUACGUUGUUUCAUGCUUAAAGCUUUUCAAUGUUAAUAAAUGCGCAGUUCGUUUAAUAAGACAGGAAAUGGGUCAAAGUGUUCAUACACCAAAUUAAAAGCGUCAGGUGUGACCAAAGCGCCCACCUGUGGUCCAGCCAUGCCUCAGAAAGCGCCAAAGAGCGCUCAGACGUCCCACUACAUCGAGCUGGGAGGGUAUCAGUACUGGCCCGUCCUGGUUCCUCGAGGAAUCCGUCUGUACACGUACGAACAGAUCCCCGUGUUCCUAAGGGAGAACCCGUACAUCACGGACGGAUACAGAGCGUACCUGCCCUCCAGACUCUGCAUCAAGAGCAUCUUCAUGCUGUCCAAUGAGACGGGGAAUAUCUGGAGCCAUCUGUUGGGCUUCCUGCUCUUCUUCUUCAUCGGGGUCUACAACAUGUCGUCGGUGCUGCCCGCCUUCGGCGCCUCCCGAGAGGACUACGUCAUCUACUCCAUCGCACUCUUCUGCUUCCAGCUGUGCAUGCUGUGCUCUGCGGGUUAUCACGUUUUCUGCUGCCACCGCUCGGAGAAGACCAGCCGCCGCUGGAUGGCUUUGGACUACGCCGGGGUCUCCAUCGGCAUCCUGGGCUGCUACGUCCCCGGAGUCUUCUACACCUUCUACUGCAACAACUACUGGCGGCAGGUGUACCUGGUGACCGUGUUGGCGAUGAUCCUGGCGGUGUUCUUCGCUCAGAUUCACCCUCACUACCUGAGCAAACAGUGGAAGCAGCUCCGCUCGCUCAUCUUCUGCUCCGUGGCCGGCUACGGCCUCGUGCCCACCGUGCACUGGAUCUGCCUCACCGGGGGCUUCUCCUCCGAGCUCGUCCAGGCGUUUGUUCCUCGAGUCCUCGUCAUGUACCUCAUCGCCAUGUUAGCUCUCGUUUUCUACGGUUCAAAGGUUCCUGAACGCUACUUCCCAGGUCAGCUGAACUACCUGGGCUCCAGUCACCAGGUGUGGCACCUGCUGCUGGUUCUCAUGUUUUAUUGGUGGCACCAGUCGUCCUGUUUCAUCAUGGCGUACAGACACAGCCAGCCCUGCCCGGACGCGCCCCAACACGCCUGAAAUGCGCUCUGCUCCUCGCGCUGUCUGACAGUCGGCGAUUGGCUGCAGAGUUUCCCAUCAUGCACUGGUGUAGCACUCCGUGAUCGCUCUGAGCGUUUCUCUCUCUCUCUCCGCUGCUCGAGGCUUCGGUCCACCUGAGGAUCUGACCUCUGACCUGCAGGCUGAGCGGGAACACUGUCGACUGUUCUUCAGACUCUGAACACUGAAAGUCUGCAGAGCGACAGACUUCAUAAUCAGCUGCAGGGUUUGAUCAGCUGACGCAUCAUGACGCUCUUCUUCUUAAAUCAGCUGAACGUAAAUGUGUCUGAAACACCAAACUGUUUUUAAUGUUUAUAAAUAUUUAAGUCCCUCCUCA